ACCUGUCCACUCUGUGCGUCAGAAACGGGAGCAGUUGCAGAUCCAGAUGAGAGCCGCACCGUUCCAGAUCAGAGGAAAAUGUGAGAGUGAGGAGGUGUGUCGGAUGUGCUGGUUCACUCCCAUGCCAAUGAUGAACGGCAGCGUGGUGAUGGAAGUCUUCGUGGACAGCAACGGCCUCGGGAUCCUGGUGGAGGACAAAAGGUUCUCCAUCAACGUCAACGGCUUUGCAAAAUUCAAUAAAGAGAAAGGUGAAAUCGUAUAUACGAUUGGAACAAAGUUGCCUAACCUGAAGCGCAUCCUGUCCUUGAAGGAGGUAUCCCGUCCCUUGUGGGCCACCUACGACCAGGCCCCAGUGGUCAUCAUCGGUCAAGUGCCUGGCUGGAAGGUCAUCCUUUUGUCGGAUACACAGUUUGACGAUUUCUUGCCAGUAGAGGUGUCCAUUGACAGUUGCUGGAUUGGCUCCAUCUCCUGCCCGCAGGCGAACUUCUCCUCUGCCAUCGCGGACACCAUCUCCACUGAAAGUACCCUCUUCAUCCGACAGAACCAGCUGGUCUAUUACUUCACAGGAUCCUACAGUGCCUUGCACAUGAAAACCACAGGGUCGAGGCUGUGGACACGCAUAUUGAACAACAUCUGUGUGAAGCAGCUAAACCCAGUGCAUUUCUCUAGAAACAAUUCUGAAUAUGUGAUUGCGCUUGGUGGCGGCUGGCAGGAAGGAGAAUUCUUUCUGAUUACCGUGAGGGAUGGCAUUGUGAAGGCCUCCGGCUCCCUGAAGACUAAGAACGGGACGGUGUGCAGUUUUUUACAAUCCCAGAAGUGCUCCAUCCUUUGGGUCAUCUUUGUGACCAUAACUAACGAAUUCAUGCUGUUGGUGAAGGACUUGGUCACGGGAAGUCAUUAUGUUGUGGCAUACUACCGAGGCCAAAGAAAAUUUGAACUGAGAUACCAGGUGCCUAGAUUAGUUCCCAAGGGCUCCGAUAAAGGCUUUGUGAUGCUGCUGGGAACGGAGCAUUAUACAAACCGGACCCUCGUCCCCAGGGGCCUGACCAUAAACCCCCUCACCAUGACAUUGUACAUCUGGGGCAACGUCAUCUUGCAAAGCCACGACAUGGUGAAUUAUAUAUACCUCUCCAGUUUCCCGAGUACAUCUUACAUCAAAUAUUUUGUUCAUUCAUAUCGGGGUCAGUUUGCCUGCGUGACGGAUAAAGAGGAGAUCUGGGUUUCCAUAGAAGGCAGCUCAUUCCUUAUCCGGGUGUAUCCAUCGAAACCUUGGAAUCUCUAUCGAGAUUUACAGAUCAUUACCCAGUCGCCUGACUAUGAAGACAAGGAGGCCACGAUCAGUGUUUUCUACGACCAGAAUGAGCUGAAACAGCUGCUUUAUUUAGAGGAUGAACAAGGCAACGGGAGAGUAAUCAAGAGGAAAGUCCCACUGCAUGCUGUCCUGACCUACAGGCAACUGAUCACUGCCCCUUACCGCCAGAUAACGUAUGACGAAAAAGAAUACAUCCAGUUCACCCACCGCUGCCCCUUUUCCGUGUUGCGCAUCCUGGACCAGCCGCCUCCCCAGCGCUACACCCGGAUGGAACAUUACAGCGCCCAGCCGCCAGACGUCAUGGACCCCACCAAGUUCCAUAAUCCGAAAUCGCUGGCUGUCUACCAGGGGCUGAUUUUCCAGCUGCUCUGGCUGCAUUCGGCUUACAACAGACCUUAUGCGGAUCCAGUCCAUGACCCCACAUGGCGCUGGUGGAAGAACAAGGAACAAGAUGCGGACUAUUACUUCUACGUGGCGGGAAACAGGAAAUCUCCAGGAGGUGUCUACGUUAACAUGGACAAUUAUGUCAAGAUCUACAAUCUCCAGGCUCAAGACGAAUUGCCCCCCAAGAUCUACCUGGACAAGAAGGACACCUACACUUUCUUCGUAUUCCUGAGCAUUAGGACAGCCAAACAGAGCUUGGGGGAGACUGCAGCGGAAAAUUCCCUCAGCUCCAUGUGGGUCACCGUUGUUUUAUCCCAUCCGACGUAUUUCACGGCAACCCUGGAGAGGAAGGAGCUUAUCAGCAGAGGCUCGGUGCUGUAUGAAGUGACUGUUGCGGACACUGGCCUGUUUCCAAACCAAGACCUGAGUGGAAAACACCUGCUGAAGGGCUCCAUAAUUUUGAAAUCCAUGGGCAGCUACGUCUUCAAGAUCGUUGGUGGGGGGCCGUUUUCACAGAGCAAGAUCCGCCACUUCACCAAACAGGAGAUUGUGAGCUACAACUCGGUGAGCGGCAGCAAAACUGAGAGUCUGAUCUGGCUGAGGGAGGACAGUUCGGUCAAUCACACGGAUGCGGACGGUUUCCAUAUCCUUUCUGGGACCAAAUAUGGGAUUACAUUCGUCUGCCAGAGGAAGUCUGCCUGUUACGAUAUCGUUCCCAGGGAUAUGAGCGCUCCUGAUUACUUCUUUGUAGUGAGGGUGUCAAACAGAUAUGUGGACCAAACCACUUAUUGCGACUAUGCCUUGGAGUUCAUCAUCCACGUCCACGGCCUGCGCCUGAGCCCCACCCGGGCCAUCUUCCUCAUGAAGGUUUCUCUGUUCUCACUAGUUGGCUUAGUGUUCAUGUACAUGUUCAUUCUCAUCGUGGGCCCCGGCGUCAAGAAAUGGUUCCACGGCAUGUACAGGAAAAUGGAAGAAGCCAUCGCUUUUCGGGCUGAAUCCAGUCUCACCUUCGGAUCUUCACUUGGUAGUCAGACUUCCUUGAGCAUGAGAGCCUCCAUAUCUGAUCACAGCAGCAGCAGCCCCUCACCGUCGGUCCACGAAGAAAAGCAGUAAUGCUGACCAGGACUUACAAGCUUCCUUGUCCAUCGUCAGGAGAACUUGUACAAGCAGCUUUAUCUUUACAUUUCUUCUUCCGCGCACCCUCUUCAUCAUACUGGGACAACCUGCAUCUCACAACGUGUGACUUCUAUCUGCUUGCCCUGGCACUUUGCUGUCGGCUGAACCAUCACAGAAUUAACCAGGCAGUACUGGGAGGAUAAAAUCUGUUUACCCUCUCACCUGCUAGAAUAUGAACAGUAUGUAUCCAAUCCUGUACAUGCAGCACUUGUCCUGGUUUGAAGUCAGCUGGGCCUGCGCGGGUAGUUUGUCCAAGGACUGGCAGCAUUUACAUCUUUGUUCCGCUUAUCACUAUGUCUGUCUCAAGGAGGUAGAAGAUAUCUUCUCACUGAUGCCUUUUAACCUGUGUACACGUCCCAACUCCUGGAUACAGAAUUCCUCUACAGCUCUGCCUCUGAACGAAUCCUGCACAGGACUUCCUUCACACUUCUGUUGGCUUACUGAAGCGGAUGGCUUCUGACACUAGUUAGCUGAAUGACAGCCAGUUUGGAAGCAGUUCAGUACUGGAUCUCUCGGUCAGAAAUUUGUGCCUCAAAGUAGGGUGCAGGGUUGCUGGCACAUGAGCCUGUGACCCCGAUCUAAGUAUUAGUCAUUUGUAAAAUUCUGAGCAAAUUGCUUAGUUGGCCCCUUUUGCACCCCAGGGAUGAGCCGGAAGAAUGAUUCGGGGAUCUGUCUGCAAAGCUGUAAAGAGACCAGUUGAUGAGAGGAAACGGCCUGCACGUAACUCAUUCAAAGGGGGUGUCAGUGAGACAAAUCUUCUGCUCAGCAGGCUCAGAGUCUGGGUGUAGACAGCUUGCAAAGGGACAGAAAGCCUUCCCAGUUUAUGCCAAGGAGGUGGAUUUGUUUUCCACUUCUGCGAAAGACUCUGGGUUACCUGUUUAAUCUGUCUACAUUUGUGCAUUGUUUCUUUCAGCUGUUAGAGAGUCAGUGUUGUUCAAUAAAGUUACUGUGCGGUUUGGUUUGGUUUAGCAAGGAGUCUGUUGCUUAUCUAGUAACUACUUUUUUCAGUUUUGUGUAAAGCACCUAUCAGUUUUAGGCACUUCACAAAUA